CAUUGUCACAUGACCACAGCGGAGAGAUACAUACUCGCAUGACAUGAGCUAGGCCUAGGGAGAAGGAUACAGUUCACGCCGAGUCUAGCAGUGCACGAUGACACAGUGUAAUACUGGUAUCACGGUGGGGGUGAUCGCUUCCAUUCUGGUGGCGGUGGGUCUAGGAGCGACUCUGUACGUCAGCACGACGGGUAGCGGCAACGGUGGGAAUACGACCACCACAACAACGACCCCGUCAACUACAACAGGGAACCCUUACCAGACGCCAUGCGGGCUCUGUGGCCCUGAGAUCGACGUGGCGUUGAGUGUAGUGAACUCCCUGGUUGAGCCCUACUUCAAUCAUUCCGUUGAACUGUACGGGAUGAGACAACGAGAGCUCAUCUUCUUCUUGGAGAAUGCAGCGAAAAAGCAAAGGGAGUUCAGGUUUGCCGGAAACUAUCAUGAGAAGUGGGGCUUUUUCAUCGACACCAUCAAUGGAUUGAAGGCUGACUUCAAUCUGAAUAAAACAUGGUGGAAGAUAACAGAUCAGGACAUGGUGUCUCUCUCUCUAGGGGUCAGUUCCUACGUCCCUCAACACCAGGAGACGCUCAUCUUCACCUUUGUGCAGAGCGACGGCCACUAAAUCACGGCGAGCCACGGAUGUUGCACAUGCGUCGUCUUAUAUGAAAUGAGGAAUUGUUAGAUCUGUGAUUCUGUAUGUCUGUUUUGUCAAUGUUAAUACCGACUUCCUGCUAUAUAUAAUAUAUUUUUAAACGACUAAAAUGUCUCUGCUA